UGCUUGAGAUUAGCUGGGGAAUGAGAUUCUAUUUGAAUUAACACACAUGAGAGAGGACUGACAGAACCUGAAGAACAGGGCUGGUGUAAAACUGCUGGCAGAUCAGCCAAUCAAACCUCAGUGUUAUAAUGCUGCCCCCUGCAGGAAGUGCUGUUUGAUAAUCAGGUGUGUCUAACAGGAAGAGUGAAGUAAAGCUCCUCACAGGGUAAAGCUUUGUGUUACACAAUGGACCUUUUAAAAAGAUUCUAAUGUAUGUUUUCCGGAUUUUAAUGAAUUUCAGAAAAAAAAUGUAUUGGAGGGAAAAACAAUGCGAGACUGAGAAGAAGAACAGAGAUUUGAGAGGAGGUUAAAGAGGCUUUUUUACCUGCCGUUUGAGUAACAGCAAUAAGUGAAACUGAAACUUAAGCUACUGGAUUUAGCAGAAAUCAUUACUGAGCUCAGAACAGACUGAGACAGAAUGGCGUCUGGAUCUUCUCUCAUGGAAGAGGAGCUCUCCUGUCCUGUGUGCUCUGAAAUCUUCAGGGAUCCUGUUGUCCUGAGUUGCAGUCACAGCUUCUGUAAGGCCUGUCUGCAGCAGUACUGGGUACAGAAGGGAUCUCGGGAGUGUCCAGUUUGCAGGAGAAGAUCUUCUAAGGAUGAACCUCCCCUUAGCCUGUCUCUGAGGAAUACCUGUGAGGUGUUCUUAAAGGAAAGAAGUCAGAGAGCUAAAGCAGGAUCUGAAGUGCUCUGCAGUCUGCACAGUGAGAAACUCAAACUCUUCUGUUUGGUGGAUCAAAUACCCGUCUGUGUUAUCUGCCAAACUUCAAAAAAACAUGAAAACCACAAAAUGCGACCAGUUCAGGAGGCUGCAGAAGAGUAUAAGGAGAAACUCAGGACUGCACUGGCUCCACUGCAGGAGAAGCUAAAAGCCUUUAAUGCAGUGAAACUAAUCUGUGAUCAAACAGCAGAGCACAUCAAGAGCCAGGCCCAGCGCACUGAGAGACAGAUAAAGAUGGAGUUUGAGAAACUUCAGCAGUUCCUAAAAGAUGAAGAGGCAGCCAGGAUCACUGCACUGACGGAGGAAGAGGAGCAGAAGAGUCAGAUGAUGAAGGAGAAAAUUGAGAAGAUGACAGAAGUGAUAUCAUCCCUUUCAGAACAAAUCAGAGCCAUAGAACAGGAGCUGGGAGCUGAAGACAUCUCAUUCCUGCAGAGCUACAAAGACGUGGAGAAACGAGCCCAGUGCACACUGGCGGAUCCAGAGAUGGUCUCAGGAGCACUGAUUGAUGUGGCCAAGCACCUGGGCAAUCUGAAGUACAGAGUGUGGGAGAAGAUGCUGGGGACUGUUCAAUACACUCCUGUGACUCUGGACCCAAACACAGCACAUCCCAGACUCUCACUGUCUGAGGAUCUGACCAGUGUGAGACUCAGUGUUGAGAGACAGCAGGUUCCUGAUAAUCCAGAGAGAUUUGAUGAGUGGUCGUUUGUGCUGGGCUCUGAGGGAUUCAGCUCAGGGAGACACUGCUGGGAUGUAGAAGUGAGGGGUGAAGGUUUCUGGGUGGUGGGUGUGGCUAAAGAGUCCAUCAGCAGGAAUGUGGCUGUGAGUCUGAGCCCAGCAGGAGGAGUGUGGGGUAUACAGCAGCUCUCUGGGACAUACAUAGCCUGGACCUCCCCACCUACAGUCCUCACUGUGCGGAGGAAACUCCAGAGGGUCAGAGUGCAGCUGGACUGGGACAGGGGGGAGGUGUCAUUCUCUGACCCCAGUGACAACACUCCUCUCUACACUUUUAAACACUCCUUCACAGAGAGAGUGUUUCCAUUCUUCUGGCCUGGUCCUCUGCAGAUUUGUCCACUGAAGGUGACUGUAAGAGUGGAAUAGUGCUGUGGUUUGUGGGCAAGGAUCAGGUGAACAGACUGCUUCUUUCACUUUGACAAGAUCAAUGAGUAUAUUUGCAGAUAAUAUCUUUUACAAUAUUUUAUUGAAUCAUUUACAAAAUAUAGAUCCAUUUCUGCAGCAGUUCAUGAUGAAUGUAACUUUGAAAUCUCAUGAUGUUGGAGUAUAAAUCAGGUUAAAAGAACUGCAUUCUAUCACAUCUGACCAGGAUUAAUUAAAAUCAGCAUCAACAAAAUAUUAUUUUAUUUGAAACGUUCUGUAGUGUUUCCAUGAAAAGCGUCUAAUUUCUUUUCACAUAACUUCCCAAUGUUAUCACUUAGUAAUAACUGUGCUAUAUGGUGGUAGUGUAAGUAUGUGGGUUUGUGUGUAAUCAGUUGAGGUGUAAUAAAUCCACCAAUGGAAUCACUCCAGAGUGCUGCUCAUUUUUUGACCCGUCACCAGUGUGUCUCCCAGGUGUGUGAUGAGGUAAGUCUCCUCCUCUAGGGCAGUAUGAACACAGACAGAGGUAAACACGCCACUCAUACGCUGGGUUUGGGUUCAGUUCAAACUCACAUGAGCUGAUCUGAUAUACUGAUUAGCUAACUACGCUGCAAGUGCUAUGAGCUCUGAGAGUGAGUUUGCGAUUUUCACCUGAGCCUGAUAAAACCGGACCAGAGCCUGAGGGUUUGGGUCGGUUCGGAUCCUAAUUCUGCCUGUUUCUAUUGGGCUGGGUGGGGUUUUGCUCUUUGUAGCUGGGCCUUUAUAUUUUGAGCACAGAGCGCUGUGUGAGCUGGAUGGCAGUUGUAGGCCAGCGAGUCUAAGCUGAGCUCUGUGAGUGACAGAAUGGACGCCUCAGAGCCGGGGAGAAAGAAGUUAUAGUCAGGGGAGAAUGAAGUGAGGCAGCAGCCAUCGAAUGGAGAAUCCCAGGUCUGGACAAACUUUUA